GUACGACAGGGGCGGGAGGCGCCUCGAGCCUCCUUCUUGUGCUAAUUCCCCACCCCAGCGCCAGCAGCUCCCACGACCCAGGCUCGGCUUUCCUGGGGCUCACGCACUUGGAACCCGGCCUCUGGGCGGCCGCGCGGGCGCCGCGGGCGAGGGGAGGCGGGGCGGGGAGGGGGCUGCAGGCGCUGGGGAGGAGCCGGGCGCGUGCUCGCAGGGACCCAGCCUGGGCGGUGGCGCGGAGCGGAACGGGCGGCCGGAGGCCUGGGCGCGGCGGGGACGGGGGCGCGAUGGCGCGGAACGCGGAGGGCGUCCUGCUGCUUCUUCUGAUCUGCUUUUACUUUGGAAAUGCACUCCAUUUAGAGGCCUUAAACACAAGACAUGAAGAUAAGCUGCUUCCUAAACACACCCACUUAGUGCGGCAAAAGCGUGCCUGGAUCACCGCGCCGGUGGCUCUUCGGGAAGGAGAGGAUCUGUCUAAAAAGAAUCCAAUUGCCAAGAUACAUUCUGAUAUUGCAGAAGAAAAAGGAAUAAAAAUUACAUACAGAUACACUGGGAAAGGCAUCACAGAGCCACCUUUUGGUAUCUUCGCCUUUAAUAAAGACACUGGAGAAUUGAACGUUACCAGCAUUCUCGACCGAGAAGAAACACCUUUUUUCCUGCUAACUGGUUAUGCUUUGGAUAAAGAAGGAAACAAUCUAGAGAAACCGUUGGAACUCCGCAUAAAAGUUCUCGACAUCAAUGACAACGAGCCAGUGUUCACGCAGGACGUCUUUGUCGGGUCGGUGGAAGAGCUGAGUGCAACACAUACACUCGUGAUGAAGGUCACCGCGAUAGAUGCAGAUGAUCCCAGUUCUCUGAACUCUAAAAUUUCCUACAGAAUCAUAUCCCAGGAGCCUGCCAGUUCUCCAGUGUUCUACCUAAAUAAAGACACAGGAGAAAUUUAUACAACCAGUAUUACCUUGGACAGAGAGAAACACAGCAGCUAUACUCUGACUGUAGAAGCAAGAGACGGCAAUGGACAAAUAACGGAUAGACCGGCAAAACAAGCUCAAGUUCAGAUUCGUAUUUUGGAUGUCAAUGACAAUUUACCUGAAGUGAAAAGUCAAGUGUACGAAGGGAUAGUUGAAGAAAAUCAAGCCAAUGUAGAAGUUAUGCGCAUAAAAGUGUUUGAUGCAGAUGAAAUAGGCUCUGAUAAUUGGUUAGCAAAUUUUACAUUUGCAUCAGGAAAUGAAAUGGGUUAUUUCCGCAUAGAAACUGAUACCCAAACUAAUGAAGGAAUUGUGACCCUUAUCAAGGAAUUAGAUUAUGAAAAAACAAAGCAUCUUGACUUUAGCAUUAUUGUUGCAAAUAAAGCACCUUUUCACAAAUCCAUUAAGAAUAAAUAUAAGCCAACACCCAUUCCCAUCAAAGUCAAGGUGAAGGACGUGAAAGAAGGCAUCCAUUUUAAAAGCAGCACCAUCUCAGUUCGUACUAGCGAGAGCAUGGACAGAUCAAGCCAAAGCAUGAUAAUCGGAAAAUUUCAAGCCUUUGACGAAGACACUGGAAAACCAGCCCAUGCAAAAUAUGUCAAAUUGGAAGACAGAGACAAUUGGGUCUCCGUGGAUCCUGCCACAUCGGAAAUUAAACUUGUAAAAAUUCCUGAUUUUGAAUCCAGAUAUGUCCAAAAUGGUACAUAUACUGUGAAGAUUUUGGCUAUUUCAGAAGACUCUCCCAGAAAAACCAUCACUGGCACUGUUGUCAUCACAGUGGAAGACAUCAAUGACAACUGCCCCACACUGGUCAACCCGGUGCAAAACGUCUGCGAGGACGAGCAGUACGUGAACGUGACCGCGCAGGACCUGGAUGGCUACCCGUACAGUGACCCUCUGACUUUCGUCCUCGUUGACCAUCCCACUGGGAGGGCAGGAGAAUGGAAAAUCGUACACAGAGAAAGUACCAGUGUGCUGCUACAGCAAAGUGAACGAAAGCUUGGGAGAAGUGAAAUUCAGUUCCUGAUUUCUGAUAACCAGGGUUUCAGUUGCCCUGAAGCGCAGACCCUUAAACUCACGGUUUGCAAGUGCCUGGACGGCAGUGGCUGUGUGGAAGCGCUGAGUGGAAGCUACUUUGGCCUGGGGCCUGCAGCGAUCGCCCUAAUAAUUUUUGCAAUUCUGCUCUUGCUACUCGUACCCCUUCUUCUGCUGAUGUGCCAUUGUGGAAAGGGCGCCAAAGGCUUUGCCCCCAUUCCUGGCACCAUAGAGAUGCUACAUCCUUGGAAUAAUGAAGGGGCACCACCGGAAGACAAGGUGGUGCCAUCACUUCUGACGGCGGAUCACAGAGAGAGUGUAGCAGUGGGCAGUGGCACAAGAGUUGGAGUAGGGGCCGGAGUAGUCAAGGAGUCCACCGUGAAAGGGAGUAGCUCGGCUUCCUUUACCAGAGUGCAGCAUGACAUGUCCGAGGUGGAUGGGAGGUGGGAAGAACACCGAAGCCACCUUUCUGGGGGUGCCACCCAAGUGACAGGGACAGCAGGAGCUGUCAUAGGCGGUGAAACCAUAAGGACCACAAGAGCCACGGGGGCUUUCAGAGACAUGGCUGGAGUUCGAGCAGCUGCUACUGCAGUGAACGAGGAAUUCUUAAGAAGUUAUUUCAUUGAGAAAGCUGCCUGUUGUACCGAAGAAGAUGACAAUCACACAGCCAAAGAUUGCCUUCUGGUUUAUUCUCAGGAAGAAACUGAGUCCCCACAUGGUUCCAUUGGUUGUUGCAGUUUCAUUGAAGGAGAGCUAGAUGACCACUUCUUGAAUGAUUUAGGGUUUAAGUUCAAGACACUAGCUGAAGUUUGCUUGGGUCAAAAAAUAGAUAUGGAUGUGGAAAUGGAGCAGAGGCCAAUACCUGAGAGAGAAACAGCUUCACAUACACUCUCCAAGCAAACACAUACACUCUCCGAGCAAACAAGGGUUAAUUCACAGAAUACCUACUCCUCUGGUAGUGGCUUCCAAGUUCCAAAACAUUUGCAUGAAGCUAAUGCAGAGCAAAUAACUCAGGAAACAGUCACUGAAAGGUCUGUGUCUUCUAAGCAGGGUCAAAAGGUAGCUACACUGCUCCCUAAUUCAUUGGCUUCUGGUGGUGUCAUGGUGACAGAAACCUUUGCCACAGGUUCCACUGUGCCACCACCAAGCACUGUGAUCCUGGGCCCCAGACAGCCACAGGGACUUAUUGUGACAGAGCGGGUGUAUGCCCCAGCUGCUACCUUGGUAGACCAGCAUUAUGCUAAUGAGGGUAAUGUCAUGGUUACUGAGAGGGUUGUGCAGCCUAAUGGGGGCCUGUCCGGUCCUCUGGAAGGCACUCAGCACCUGCCAGAUGGGCAUUAUGUUAUGGUCAGGGAGAGAGAGAGCUUCCUUACUGCCAGCUCAGGUGUGCAGCCCACUCUGGCCACGUCCAGUGCAGCAGCAGGGCAGAACGUGACGGUGACAGAAAGGGUGCUAACACCCGCUUCCACCCUGCAAUCCAGUUACCCGCCUGCUGCUGAAACCUCCAUGACGGCCGGAAAGACCGUAGUUUCUGGAGCUGGAGUCCCUGGCCCUCUGCCAAAUUUCGGUUUCCAGGAGUCUGGGCAUUCUAGCUCUACUGUAACCACGUCGUCCACCAGAGUCUCCAAGCACAGCACAGUGCAGCAUUCUUUCUCCUAAAUGGUCAGCCACAGUUGGACCCAGAGCUGAACAAGCAGCGAGUGAGUUCAUGUUUUCAAUGGACCUGCCUUUCCUUGCUGCUUACAGACAUAAGAGGUACAUACACAAAAGGAAAACCUUCUCAGUCACUGGCAGACAUGGACCUUGCUCUCUCAGCAUCCAGGAGAGUACUUCAGAAAUGCCCUUGGACUUCCCAAGGGCGUCACCAUGACGCUGUGUCUUAAGUGCCUUUCGGUGAGUUGUGGCCACACAACAUUCACAAAGCAAGUUAAACAGAGAGUAAGCCUGGCUUCUAAGGAUUUCCCAGCACAACACAGAGCGCCCAGUUCACCAGCCAUACAGUAGAGCAAUCACGAAGCCUUCGGGGCCUCUGCACACCGUGCCAGCGUUGCACGUUGCUCUUCUCAGCCCGUUCUUACCGCACCAGCAGCUUGUCAGCACUCAUUUAUUCAAAGACACAGACACAGUUCGGGUGAUGCUGCGCUUGUUUUCCUCAAGACCAGAGGCCUUCCCGUCUGUGUGAGGGUGAUCGAAUUUUGGAACAUUGAUGUGGUAAAAACACAUAUGUUUCUGUGCAUGUAACUGUGUGUGUUGUGUGACCUUAAAAAUAACAUUAUAUCUUCCCUUUGUCUCUCAAUAAUGAGAAUAUUGAAUACUUCCAAUUCAGUUGAAUAAUCCAGGGGAAAAUUCAUAAAUAUAAAAUCACUUUUUAUAGCAAUACUAUACUAUUUAUAAAACCUCAGGAUAUAUUCUAAUUUUGUACAGCUAAAUUGACCACUAGACCAUAUACACUGUGAGAAGAACCAUGCUUAUUUCAAUGCUGUUAUUAAUCCUCAGUGUCUAACAUGGAUGCCAAAGCAGUAGUUGUAGAAUUAAACUGGAUGAUAGAAGCCAUUCUCUUUAAUUUACGAUUUUAAAACAUGGAAGGAACUUAUCACUUCUGUAAUGAUGAGUUUGAAAUUAUGAUUUUACUCUGUCACAAACUUAACACAUCAAAUAUGUAAUCAAUGUGAAUUUGUAUGUCACGCUUGCCCCUUUCUGAAAAGUGAUUUGGGUGUUUUGACCAAAUAAAUAGAUUUUAUUUCUAUUGCUCCUUGAAAAAUUAUUUCAAGUUGCAAAGUAUACGUGCCUAUGAGUAACAAUUUAUAUAAAUAUUCUUCACAACAAAAUAAUUUUCAUAGAUUUUAAAUACUGUGUAAUUUUGUGAGUUUUCCAAAUAUUUUGCUUAGGGAAUGGAAUCUUUAAAAAUUUAUUUUUAUAGCACAUUUAUAGAAAUAUUGUUGACUUGAAUUGUGUAAUGUAAAAUAUUGACACUUUUUGCUCCCACAGACUAGGAGUAAAAGACAAAUAUUUUCAGAUAUCAUAAGUCCGUGGCCAAAGUGAAGGUCCUUCUUCCAUCUAAAUUUUGUACUCUCUACUUAGUAAGUGUUGUUAGUUUCUUUUCAGUAUAGACUUAGUAGUUGCACUUUGCCAGGAAUGCAGCAGGAAUGCCACUACUGUGUGAAAGGUAAAAAUGACAGUACUUCGAACAAAACGUAGUCUUAAGCUUCCUGGAGCAGCCUUGAAAACUCUAGCCUGUCAAAUGUGUCUCAUGAAAUCACAUUUUCUAAAUGAUUUCUUUGUUCCCAAAAGGGUGAUUUGUAUUCAUUUUUACAUUUAUUCCUGGAAAAAACUAUAUUUGUGUGUCAUCAAAAUAUUUAAAUUAAA